GGGCUCACCCUGGUCUAAAAAUUCUGCCGGCCGUGGCAACCCCAGGAUAAAUGCAAACACUUGUCACUAUUGCAAACAGCCAGGACACUGGAAAAGUCAGUGCCCAAACCGCCCCACGCAGCCAGAGCCUGUAGCUUUCAAACCCCCGCAGGGUCAGUUUACUUUAGCAACAGCUAAAAGUCAAUAGGGGUGCCCAGAGGAGGAUUGCAACUUCACCCUUUUAUCUCCGCUUAUUCCCCUGAAUUCUGACGGCACCCUCACUUGCCAGGUUGCUGGACAAAACACCCAGGUUUUAGUGGACACAGGUGCUAGCAGGUCCACUCUCCAAGCGUCUUCUUUCUCUAUUCCUAUUUCUAACCAGGUUGUUAAUGCAGUUGGUAUUUCUAAUCAAGUCGUGCCUCACCCUGUUUCUAAACCCGUGUCUCUUGUACUAGGACCUAUUUCUGAGCAUCAUUCCUUUCUCCUAAGUCCUACUUCCCCUGUGAAUCUAUUAGAAAGAGAUUUAUUGUGCAAAUUACGUUGCACUAUUUUCUAUACUCCUGAUGGGGUUUAUCUUAAAGUGCCUGCACAGACCUGACAGGAGGUGGAAGACCUGCUGCAGGGUCCUGACACCGAACUACUUCCCUUAAUUCCUGAUUCGGAUGCUGAUCUUUUGUCCCAGGUCCCCAACUGUUUGUAGGCCACCACCCCAAACAAAGUGGGCAAGAUACCAGUAGAUCCCAUUUACAUUUCUGUUAACAAAACUAAGCGUCUGCCCCGUAUUACCCAAUACCCAUUAAAUCCUGCAACUGAGGCAGGAAUUCAGCCUGUUAUUUCUGAUCUCUUGGCACAAGGUGUUCUUGUUCGCUAUACAAGUGAGUGUAAUACUCCUAUACUGCCUAUAAAGAAACCAGGAAGAAACACUAUCGUUUCGUCCAGAACCUUCGAGCUAUUAACGCUAUUGUAAUUACUCAAUUUCCUGUUGUGCCUAACCCGACCACUAUUCUCUCCUCUAUCCCACCUGAUUCCACCCAUUUUACUGUCGUUGAUCUCUCCUCCGCCUUUUUCAGUGUUCCCCUCCAUCCUGAUUGCCAAUAUCUUACUGCUUUUACUUAUAAAAGACAGCAAUACUGUUAAACCGUUCUGCCACAAAAGUUUAAAGAUUCUCCCACCUACUUUUCACAAAUUCUACAGCAGAAUCUCUCUAACAUUACAUUCCCUUCUGGCUCUACUCUUAUUCAAUAUGUAGACGAUUUGCUUCUUUGUAGUGCUUCCCUUGAAGCCUGCAGAUUAGAUUCUGUUGUACUUCUCACUGCUUUAGCUAAUAAGGGUCAUAAAGUGUCUAAACAAAAACUUCAGCUCUGCAAGCCCACAGUUCGGUAUUUGGGCCAUGACCUCUCGGCAGGGAGCCGUCACCUCUCUGCUGAUAGAAUCCAGGCAAUCCUUUCUGCCCCUAAACCCACUACCCCCUCCCAAGUCCGCUCUUUCCUCGGUAUGGCUGGCUACUGCAGACAAUGGAUUCCUAACUUUUCUCAGCUAGCCAAACCGCUCCAAGAGCUCACCCGUAAUGCGACCCCUUCCCCUAUACCGUGGGGAUCUCAGCAAGACACUGCUUUCUCGUCUCUGAAACAAACACUAGCUUCUGCUCCAGCUCUGGGCUUGCCCGAUUACUCCCGUCAUUUCACUUUGUUCUGUCAUAAAAAAGAAGGAUGUGCUUUAGGUGUACUAGUACAAAAACAUAGUAAUAAAUACCGCCCUCUUGCUUAUUACAGCACCUAUCUUGACCCCGUUGCAGCCUCAUUUCCACCGUGUCUCCGUGCAAUUGCGGCGGCAGCACGGAUUUUAGAGCAAGCAGAACCUUUGGUUUUACAAUCUCCAUUAACACUGGCUGUUCCUCAUUCGGUGUCAGCAUUACUUUUAAAAGGAAAAACCCAGCACCUUUCUAAUGCCCGUCUUGUUAAAUAUGAACGGCUUCUCUUUGCUUCUCCCAAUGUCUCUGUAAUUUGCUGUAACUCUUUAAAUCCCGCUACACUGCUCCCUGCACCCCAUGAGGGGAAGCCUCAUAACUGUUUGCAAGUUGUGCAAGCCGUCACCUCUCCAAAACCAAACCUGUUUAAAAUGCCUUUAAAUAACCCUGAUUUUAUACUGUAUACAGACAGUUCUUGCUUUUAUAAUUCUAGUGGAGUUUUAGUAGCAGGCUAUGCAGUUUGUACUGUCCGGGAUGUCAUAAAAUCUGCUCCUCUACCUGCUGUUUCUUCCGCACAGGUGGCGGAAUUAAUAGCUCUAACAAGGGCUUGUCACAUUACUGCAGGAGCGUCUGCUACUAUCUACACUGACUCCUGGUAUGCUUUUGGCGUAGUUCAUAAUUUUAGUACGCUCUGGAAGCAGCGAGGUUUCCUUACUUCCUCUGGCCACUCUAUAAAGAAUGAGCCUUAUGUAGCCGCUUUACUUAAUGCAGUACUUUUAUCUUCGGCUCUUGCUAUUGUUAAGUGUGUAGCUCAUUCCUCUUCCUCUAAUGAAGUUGCAUUAAAAAAUGACAUAGCCGAUCGGGCUGCUAAGGCAACCGCCCUAUGUCCUCCUCGAGCUGAAGCAUUGUACCCUUCUUUCCCACCACCGUCAGCUCCUUUGCCAUCUCUGUCAGAACUGGCCCUCCUGCAGGACCAAGCCCCAGAAUCAGAAAAGCAAAAGUAGAAGCUGGCAGAGUGCCCCUUGCACCCAGAUCAUUUGUGGCGCAGCUCUAACAGCCGCAUUGUUGCCCCAGUAGUCUUGCUACCUCACCUUGCCUCCGUGCUCCAUAAAUUGUCGCACGUUGGCAAAGGGGGGAUGGUGGCAAUCCUAAAGUAAAAUUGGUUUGCUCCCAAAUUCUCCCAAGCAGCAAAAAAUUACUGUCUGGCUUGCCCUGUCUGCCAAGCCCACAACGUGGGUAAACCUGUAAAGACAGUUCCGGCAACCAGACCUCCGCCUUUAGGACCAUUUCUGAAUUUACAAAUGGACUUUAUUCAAUUGCCUAAAUGUCAAUCCUUUGAAUAUGUGCUGGUUAUUGUUUGUUUGUUUUCGGGAUGGGUAGAAGCUUAUCCCUGCAGGAAAGCGGAUGCCAUCACAGUAGCUAAGAAACUUCUAAAUCAUUACAUCCCAUCAUGGGGAAUACCCCUGGUGAUCUCCAGUGAUAGAGGUUAAGGACGCCUUCCAAGAGGCCCCGACUGAGCCGUGCCAUAAACUACAACCAGGAGACUGGGUUUGCGUGAAAGUUCACCAGCGAAAGACUGCCCUGGAACCCAGAAGUUGGCCCCAACAAGGAGCACCACAGACCU